AUGAGCCGCCAGACUGCUACAGCCCUCCCUACUGGUACUUCCAAGUGUACACCAUCGCAGAGGGUGCCUGCAUUGACUGGCACAACAGCAUCAAACAAUGACUUGGCUAGUCUAUUUGAGUGUCCCGUCUGCUUUGACUAUGUGUUACCCCCAAUUCUUCAGUGUCAGAGCGGCCAUCUUGUUUGUAGCAACUGUCGUCCAAAGCUCACAUGUUGUCCAACUUGCCGAGGCCCGUUGGGUUCCAUUCGCAACUUGGCUAUGGAAAAAGUGGCCAAUUCAGUACUAUUUCCUUGUAAAUAUGCCUCUUCUGGAUGUGAGAUAACUUUGCCACACACAGAAAAAGCAGACCAUGAAGAGCUGUGUGAGUUUAGACCUUAUUCAUGUCCGUGUCCCGGUGCUUCGUGUAAAUGGCAAGGCUCUUUGGAUGCUGUAAUGCCACAUUUGAUGCAUCAGCAUAAGUCAAUUACUACACUACAGGGAGAAGAUAUAGUUUUUCUUGCUACAGACAUUAAUCUUCCUGGUGCUGUUGACUGGGUUAUGAUGCAGUCUUGUUUUGGCUUUCACUUCAUGUUAGUCUUAGAGAAACAGGAAAAAUAUGAUGGUCACCAGCAGUUCUUCGCAAUUGUACAGCUGAUAGGAACACGUAAACAAGCAGAAAAUUUUGCUUAUCGACUUGAGCUAAAUGGUCAUAGACGGCGAUUGACUUGGGAAGCUACUCCUCGAUCUAUUCAUGAGGGAAUUGCAACAGCUAUUAUGAAUAGUGACUGUCUAGUUUUUGACACCAGCAUUGCACAGCUUUUUGCAGAAAAUGGCAAUUUAGGCAUCAAUGUAACUAUUUCCAUGUGUUGA